GGUCAGAGAUACUGCAUAAGCUAAGGCAUUUCCUCCCAUCUGUGCCCCAGGACAGUUUACUAGGUGAAAAUGUUCAUAGUUGCGAUGCUGCCACCAGCCAGAGCACCAGCACUCCACUUAUCUCCAGUGAGGGAGUCUUGACUGCCAGUUGGCUGAUUGCAGAAUAUUUCCCAGCAUUGCUUAUGGAUCCUGUGAAGACGUGGGUUCAUUUUUAUCCUUUACUACUGUGGUGAAGUGUGAAUGUGAUGAGGAUAUGUUCUGGUUGGAGAGGCUAAAAUCACCUGCAGAAAUUCACACUGUCUCCAGCUCCUCAAUGUAAAGGCAACUCCAACUUUACUGAUGGCUCUUGCUUUAUGUCUGAAACCAAAGAUAGAAAGUGGGAAUCUGUCUGGGAAUAAAGACCAGUAUGUUGAUCCUGAAAAUGCCACUGUCCAGUGUGACUCUGGAUAUCGUGUGAUUGGCUCUCCAAGUAUCAUCUGCUCAGAGAAUGGAACCUGGUACCCAGGGGUGCCCACAUGUGAGUGGGACACCCAUAAGGGCUGUGAGCAGGUGCUAGCAGGCAGAAAACUCAUGCAGCGUCUCCCAAGCCCGGAGGACAUGAAACUGGCCCUGGAGUUGUACAAGUUGGCUCUGGAGAUUGGACAACUGGGCAGGAGAGAGACUUGAAGAGGACUGCCAGUUAGGGAUCAGCCCAUCUAAUCCCCUGACCCCCCAAGAUGGAGAAUUAGGUACAGUUCUCUCAUUAAGAACUGUACUGUUCCUUAAGUACUGUUAUUUGCUGAAAACAGUGUCUGCGUUAGGCACGUCAGUUCCUAUUCUUUGUGCCACAGAGAAUGUGAAACUUUUGAUUUAUAUCUUAGCUCAGCUUAAGCUUCUGUGUUCCUGAAUUUGGUCGAACAGCAGAAAUAAAUAAUCACUUGUCAAAAA